CGCAAACCAACAGCUGUCACACAUCACCCAUCCAUCUCCAGACAGUCCGUCUUCCCGUACGAAACCCGUAUAUCGAUCGCCAAAGUGCGGUAUCCACAUCUCUCCAGCUCCAACAUGGACUUCUCCGACAUUUUUCGCAUGGUGAACUUCGCCGUCGCCGCCUUCAUCGUUCUUGGUGGUGUCGCGAAAUUGUUCCCCUUCAACGAUUUCUCGCACAUUAUCCUUGGUGUUUACCUGAUCAUCUUCGGCGCUGGCACUGCUCUGCUUGAGUUCCAGAUCCCCCAGCAAGUGGCUCGCUAUGCGUCGUUCAUGUUCUCCUUCCUCGGCCGUGGUAUCUUCUACGUGUUCAUCGGGUGUGUUACUGUCGGUAAUGGCUGGUACCGCAUUAUUCCAGGCACCAUCGUUGGCAUCAUCGGUAUCGCCUACGCUGUCUUGGAGUACAUCCCCUCGAUCGAGCCCCCGGCGAACAUGCGCGAUGCUGACGCUGGCUGGGGCGCGGAGCAAGUCUAAACUCCUAACUCCGUGCUCAGAAGACGGCGGUUGACGACUCCGUUGGCGUAUUUUCAAUUUCUAAAUUCGCGCCUCGGCGAUCGUCCGCUGUGUUCCUGUUGUUCUAAUUACGCGAUGCAUGGGGCGGCCGGUCUGGCCAGGCGAACUGCAGUCGACGUCGGCCAGAUGCUGCCGGCAUAGUUUGGUGUGGUGGAAGAUACCCAUUCCCGGGAUCAAGAAUCUGUGGACAGCUGUCCUGGGAGACUCUUGUGAAUCGUAGAGUCUAUAACCUGAAGUUUUUGUAUACCUUCAAUGAAUGCUAUUCGUUCAAUGCG